UAUACUGGCUGCAACCCAUGGUUUCCAUCGCCUCCAGUACUUGUGCUUCCUCCGGUAUCCGGUCCUCAUUUAACACUUGAAGAGCUGCUAUAGCCAUGGAUUCCAGCCAUGACCUUAACUUCGUCGGGUCCCCCCCGGUAAUCGCCAAGCAAGACCUGCUCGAAACUUCUGUUGACCUGGAACCGUUGAAUUAUUGCUCAGAAUCCAUCGGCGGAGAACCGCAUCGUCCUCCUCCAGCGAACCGUCUCACUGCCCGAGAGAUGGACUCCCUCACUGCCAUAAGCGACACAUUCUUGCCCUCCAUCGACCUGCCUGGUGCUCGGAAUGAGUCCAUCCGCGCGUUCUACCUCACCUCCGCUUCCAUGAUAGGGACCCCAGAAAUUGUGGGAGGGUACAUGAGUGGGAGGCUACGACAUGCGUCGCUGUGGCUGCUGCGGCUGUCGCUGUGGCUGCUAUCGACAUGGUACGGCACGUUCAUCUUCUGCGGGACGCGGUGCAUGUCGUGCCGCUUCCCCUUCUUCCACAAGUUCUCGGACAUCGAUCCUAAGCGGAGGGAGCAGAUCUUGUCGUCCUGGUCAUCCAGCCCCAUCUACUUGUACAGGCAGCUCUUCAGGGCCUUGAAGUUCCUCAUCAUGCUCUUCUACUUUACCCAGGUCAAUGAGAAGAACGAGAACCCGGCUUGGACAGCGUUGGACUACUGUGGACCCGAACCCGAACUCGCUGACCAAGUCAAAGCGUCGGUCGACCAGAGCAGCGAAGACGACCGGUUCGGGCCGCUCCACUGCGCCAUGGUCCACAUGGAGAGCCCCGGAGACGACCUCGCCGCUGCACUCUCCCGCGCCGGCCUCUACCUCGCCACCCGCCCCUUCUCCGGCGACCGCCGCAAGAAGCCCCUCCGGACCAUCCACUGCGACGCCGUGGUUGUUGGGUCCGGCUCCGGCGGCGGGGUGGUCGCUGGCGUCCUCGCCCAGGCCGGCUACAAGGUGGUCGUCCUCGAGAAGGGCGGCUACCACGCCCGCUCCAACCUCUCCCUCCACGAGGGCCCCGCCAUGGACCUGAUGUACGAGGGCGGCGGCCUCCUGGCCACCACGGACACGGGCGUCGUCGUCCUCUCCGGUGCCACCGUCGGCGGCGGCUCCGCCAUCAACUGGGCGGCGGCCCUCCGCACCCCGGACCACGUGGCCGCCGAGUGGCGGCGCGAUCAUGGCCUCGAGCUUUUCGGGAGCGACGCCUACGCCGAGGCGCUCGACGCCGUGUGCGAGCGCAUGGGCGUCCAGUCCGACGUGGACAAGAUGGAGGAGAACCUCAACAACGCCGCCCUCCGGCGCGGCUGCCUCGAGCUGGGCUACCCGGUCGCCAACAUCUCCCGCAACGCCCCGCCCGACCACCACUGCGGCUGGUGCUGCUUCGGGUGUAAAGACGGGCGGAAGAAGGCCACCUCCGAGACGUGGCUCGUCGACAUGGCCGAGUCCCGCAACGGCGUCAUCCUGCCCGGGUGCAGAGCCGUCAGAGUGCUCCACCGGAACAGAGGAGGAAGGCGUCGAAAGGUGGCCACCGGCGUGCUGUUCGAGUCCGAGAGUGGAGAGGCGUGCAUCGUGGAGUCGAAGGUGACCGUGGUGGCCUGCGGCGCGCUGAACACGCCGGUGCUGCUGAAAAGGAGCGGCCUGCGGAACCCCAACAUCGGGAAGCACCUCCACCUCCACCCGGUGGUGAUGGUGUGGGGCUACUUCCCGGAGUCGGGGUCCCGGCGACCGGACUACAGAGAGGAAGAGAAGAGGAGCUACGAGGGAGGGAUCAUGACGGCCAUGUCGACGGUGACGGCCAACUGGGGGACGACGGGUUACGGCACGGUGAUUCAGACGCCGGCGCUGCACCCGGGGAUGUUCUCGGUGGUGACACCGUGGACGUCCGGCGCCGACUUCAAGGACCGGAUGACGCGGUUCGCGCGGACGGCGCACGUGUUCGCCCUGGCGAGGGACCGGGGCUCCGGCACGGUGGACGGGGAGGGGAACAUAAGCUACCGAAUGGAGAGAGGCGAUGAGGAGAGCCUGAAGAAGGGGGUGGAGAAGAUGCUUUGGAUAAUGGCGGGGGCGGGGGCCGAGGAGGUCGGGACGCAGCACUGCAAGGGGGAGAGGUUCGAGGUGAAGAGGGCAAGCGCGAGGGAGUGGGAGAGGUUCGUGAUAAAGGCAAGCCGGAGAGUGGUCGGGUGGCUGACCACGCCGGUGUGCUCCGCCCACCAGAUGGGGAGCUGCCGGAUGGGGGUGGAGGACACGACGUCGGCGGUGGACGAGCGAGGGGAGACGUGGGAGGUGGAGGGGCUCUUCGUGGCCGACGCCAGCGUCUUCCCGACGGCGCUCGGGGUGAACCCCAUGGUCACCGUGCAGGCCAUCGCCUACUGCACCGCCCACUCCAUCGUCCAGGUGUUGAGGAGGGAGAUGAUGCAGAAGGACAGAAAUUAAGAGCUACGCUAUUUUUUCCAGGUCAAUAUGAAACAAUAUAUAUAUAAAAUCAAA